UUGGCACCGGAUUCACCCUCUCGCAAUGAAUUUCUGGAUUAUGGGGACGUCGUUAUGCCACGCAGGGUGAACUACAGACGCUUUCCAAGAUUAAAUCAGCCGAGCUAGAAACAAGGAGCUUGUCAAAAAAUGUGCAUGAAAUCAGAUAUUUUUCAGAUGCUGCCGCACAUCUUCGGAAUUUCGCCUGUAAAUACCUUUGGGAUGUUUAUCUUGAUGCAUUUGUGGUUUUAGUGCGCGCAAUGUGCAGUAGGUUUUUUUGUGUGCUGUUCAGAGUUGGCAUAGCCCACAGGCAUCACCUUCAUAAUAAUCCUCAUUUUAAUAUCAGAAAUCGGCAUCAUUAAUGUGCAGCGUGGUGUAGUUGUAACCAUACAGAACCCGUUUUGUGUCGUUAUUCUCUGUAGAGUGUUUUAAAUGUAAAUAUAAGUGGCAGAUGAUGAACUAAUUGGCUCUGUGGAUCGUUAGACCGACGGCACUAACAGGAGUUCAUAUUAUUCCCAGAUAAUAAAGCGACGCAGGGGCUGUUUGAAGUCACAUGUGCCCAGAACAAACAAUUAAGAUGACAAAACCCGUCCUCAGAGGAGAUUCUCCAUAUUACCGAAGAAACUGCAUUGGGAUCACAUCUCAGUUCCUGGAUCGUAAUAGAGUUGGAGGACAGGGAACAGAGGAAGAAGAGAGGGAGGAAAAGCAGAGGAGAGCUACUGAGCUGCACAACAGAGCCACUGCUCAUAGGCAAGCUUUGGCUUCAGUGAUGGACUGAGCUGAAGGUGAAGGGAUCCUUGUGACAGCUUCACGUUUUCCUUCACACUUGACAAAGGCAUGUAUGGACACACUGCAGCAUAGGUGAGAAGCAAGAGGAGCUGCCCGCUUUGAACACAACAAAUUGGCCUAAUGAUUGAAACACAACUAUCUCUCGAAGAGGACAACACUGGCCUUUUAUUUGGAAACCGUCUCUCAGGUCUGCACAAACUGAUUCUACCUUUGACCCAAAAAUCAAGUAAACCUGGAACCUCAGCCCCUUCCCAAGUGCCCUGGACACCCACGGGAUACAGUCUGUAACCACAGAUGUAACUAAGCUCUCAAGAUUUCGUCACCAGGAAGUCCUGUGUUUUUGGUGAUCAUGCCGAAAUCAUCAAUGCCGAAAACUAAAAAAAAAAACCCAAAACUUGUGUCUGUGCCAUAUAGCUGCAUGGACACAUCUUCAAAGACGUGGCUGCCGCAUCAGAGUCAGUUUGGGUUGGUUGGCCAAGCGGAGGUUUGCUGUGGCGGACCUGGAGUUUUAACCCCAAACCAAUCUCGCAGGGCAAGUUUUGCCUCUGCAAGACAGUCAAGCAUGGAAACCCCUCCCAAUGCCACCCCACAGCCCUUCAGACAGCCGAGUUUUCUCAAUCGAAGGUUGAAGGGUUCCAUCAAGAGGGCCAAAAGUCAGCCCAAACUGGACCGGACCAGCAGCUUCAGACAAAUGAUUUUGCCCCGGUUUCGUAGUGCUGACCAAGAAAGGACUCGCUUGAUGCAAAGCUUCAAAGAAUCCCACUCCCAUGAGUCCCUACUUUCUCCUAGCAGUGCUGCGGAGGCUUUGGACCUAGUUUUGGAUGAAGAGGCCAUAAUCAAACCUGUCCACUCGAGCAUUUUAGGACAAGAGUACUGCUUUGAGGUGACCACCAGUUCAGGGACAAAAUGUUUUGCCUGCCGAUCAGCUUCAGAGAGGGACAAGUGGAUUGAGAAUCUGCAACGGGCUGUCAAACCUAACAAGGACAACAGUAGACGGGUGGACAAUGUUCUCAAGUUGUGGAUUAUUGAAGCUCGAGACCUUCCAGCUAAGAAACGCUACUAUUGUGAGCUGUGUCUGGAUGACAUGCUGUACGCACGCACCACCAGCAAACCCCGGACCGACACCGUCUUCUGGGGAGAGCAUUUUGAAUUUAACAAUUUGCCUACCAUUCGUAGCCUUCGCUUGCACCUCUACAAGGAAACGGACAAAAAAAGACGCAAGGAAAAAAGCACAUACCUUGGCCUUGUCAGCAUCCCCAUCUCCAGCAUCACUGGCCGGCAGUUUGUGGAGCAGUGGUAUCCGGUGAUACAGUCCAGUGUAUUGGCCAAAAGUGGUGGUGUUGGAAGUGGCAAAGUCAUUAACGCCUCGCUGCGUGUUAAGUCUCGCUACCAGACAAUGAACAUCCUCCCAAUGGAGCUGUACAAGGAAUUUGCCGAGUACAUUACCAACAACUACCGAACACUGUGUGCAGUUCUGGAGCCGCUUUUGAGUGUGAAGAGCAAAGAGGAGGUGGCAUUUGCUCUGGUGCACAUCCUUCAAAGCACAGGGAAGACAAAGGAGUUCCUGUCUGACAUGGCGAUGUGUGAGGUGGAUCGAUUCAUGGACCGUGAGCACUUGAUCUUUCGGGAGAACACGCUCGCUACUAAGGCUGUGGAAGAGUACCUCAAACUGAUAGGUCACAGAUACCUCAAGGAUGCUAUAGGUGACUUCAUUCGAGCCUUAUACGAGUCUGAGGAGAACUGUGAGGUGGACCCUAUGCGUAUCCCGCCGUCAGUCCUCGCUGACCACCAAGCCAACCUUCGCAUGUGCUGUGAGCUGUUACUCUGCAAGAUUAUCAACUCUCUCUGCAUAUUUCCCCGGGAGCUGAAGGAAGUUUUUGCCUCAUGGAGGGCCAGAUGUGCUGAGCGUGGAAGAGAGGAUCUCGCUGACAGCCUCAUCAGCUCCUCCCUGUUCCUUCGCUUCAUGUGCCCAGCCAUCAUGUCCCCCUCCCUGUUCAACCUAAUGCAGGAGUACCCCGCUGAACGCACGUCCCGCACACUCACACUCAUAGCCAAAGUGAUGCAGAACUUGGCCAGCCUCAGCAAAUUUGGACCCAAGGAGGAAUAUAUGUAUUUCAUGAAUGAGUUCCUGGAGAUGGAGUGGGGCUCCAUGCAGCAGUUCCUUUAUGAGAUUUCCAACAUGGACACAGGAGGAAACGCUGGAGGGUUUGAGGGCUACAUUGACCUCGGCAGAGAACUGUCCAUGCUCCACAGCUUACUGUGGGAAGUCAUGGGCCAGCUCAGCAAGGAUGCAAUUCUCAAACUCGGACCCUUACCACGGCUGCUGAAUGACAUCAGUGUUGCCUUGAGGAACCCGCAGCUCCACAUGCCUACAAAUCAUCAGCCAGAUCGGCCGAAGGACAGACUCUUCUCUCGACCGUCUUUCAAUCGUCUCAUGUCCUCCGACUUCCAAAGCCUCAUGAUGCGUGACUUAAACAGUUCAAUAGACAUCUCUCGCCUGCCGUCCCCUACGACUGGAGUAUCAGCUGUGGAAUCCCUCUCAUCCAAUCUGAACAUGAGGCGUCACGCAGAACGAGACCUCCGCUCGUCCAGGGAGGUUUUCUAUGUGACCCGUCCACCGCUGGCUCGAUCCAGCCCCGCAUACUGCACAAGCAGCUCGGACAUUACUGAGCCAGAUCCGAAGGUCCACAGUGUGAAUAAAAGUGUGUCUAUGAUGGAUCUUCAGGACUCCCGUAUGAACAGCAUUUCCAACCUAAACUCUGUGGGAGACAUGCUCACUUCCUCUCAAGCCUCCAUCGCCGGCCUCGGCCACAGCUUCGGGAACCUCGGCGGUCCUCUUCGUAUGGGAGGGCAUAUGCCGACGGGCUCAGCGGGCUCUGGUUUGAGGCUGAGCCAGAUGGGCCACAUAGGGGGGCCCACUGAAUCCAUCUCUCAACAGCAACAACAGGCAGCAGCGGCCAUGCACUUCCCCCUGUCUUUCCAGAACCCGCUAUUCCAUCUGGCCGCCCAGAACUCCCCAGCUCAGCCUCAGCCACCUCCCCCUCCUCUCCUCCUCGCCCCCGAGCCUGAGAAUGGCCACCACGACUACGCGCCCGCCUUUGGCAACAGUGCUUUCUCCCGCAGCGAGGACUUGUCCGCCCUGCGGUCACAGAGCAGUCUGGUGCAGCCGAGCAUUGUCCACUCACACAGUUACAGUGAUGAUUUCACCCGACAGAAUCAGAACAACGACUACGCCUGGCACCAGCUGUCACUUCAAGUCCAGGAGUCUCUACAGCAGCAGCACCUGAUGGGAGUCGCAUCUCAAACACCCACUGGGACAGGCACUCCCGCCUCUUUGGCUACACCUCCCACUACAGUUCAUCCCGUUCGCCAGUCGUCCAUCGCCCCGCCACAACACCUCAAGUCCCAAAGGUCCAUUAAUACUCCAGCUACUGCCACGCCUCCCAAGGUUCGCCCACAGAGCAGGAACCUCCUCCUCGAUUCUUCCGACAAAAGUUUCGGUGGCAGUCAGCCAAAACCACGCCAAGCUCAGCAGCUGCCACAACAGCAACAACAGCAGCAGCAACAGCAGACGCAGCAGCAGCAACAGGAAACACAGCUGUCAGUGACAGACAGUCCAGCUCCAGGGCUCCCGUACCAGACGAGCUCCUCCAAAGAGAACCAGGGCCCGCCAGCAGCGGCAGAGGAGUCAACAGACACACCAACAAAAAGCACCAAGAAGCCUCAACAGUCACAACUGCAGCCUCCACAGCAGCAUCUGCUCAAGCCAGUUGUCAAUAAACAGGGUUCUCAGUCGACCUUGAACACCCCGGCCCUCAAUGAGCGGACAGUCGCCUGGGUGUCCAACAUGCCACAUCUCUCUGCUGACAUCGAGAGCCUGCGGCCGGACCGUGAGGGUCAGCUGAAAGAGUACUCCAAGAGCAUGGAUGAGUCACGCUUAGAGAGGGUAAGAGAGUAUGAAGAAGAGAUACAUUCCUUGAAAGAACGCCUGAAGAUGUCUCAUCGCAAGCUCGAAGAGUAUGAGCAGAGACUUCUGACGCAGGAACAGCAGACAAACAAGAUCCUGCAGCAGUAUCAGAACCGCCUAGAGGACAGUGAACGCCGCCUAAAGCAGCAACAAAUGGAGAAGGACUCCCAAAUCAAAGGCAUCAUCAGCAGACUCAUGGCUGUGGAAGAUGAGCUGAGAGGGGGUGCCAUUCCUGAUAUUAAGCCUCGAAUCCUCACAGACCAGGUUUGUGCCUGUGUCUACAUCUUUUAUCAUCCCUAUUCGCUAAGCCAGUCAUGUCCUAAAACAGUUUGCAUCAUUCUUACAUCACAUCCAGAGCAUUUGCCAAAGCCAGUUCAGGGGAAAAGCUUGCCGCUGUCAUGCGCUUUCACCUGUUCCCAUCUUUUUGAAAGUACGUUUAUGUCACAUCUGAAAUCACUUUUCACCAUUUUACUGCAGACGUUUUAG